GAUUGUUUGAGAGAUUUCGGCUGUUCAGUAGUUGCUAGCUGUCCGCUUGUUUAUCAGUCGCGCAAUUGGUUUACGUAAGAAUCCGAGAGAUGAAUUUUGCCGGUAAAGUCGUCCUCAUUACCGGGGCCAGCAGCGGCAUUGGAGCGGCCACCGCACUGAAACUGUCCAAGCUGGGCGCUUCGCUGGCUCUGACCGGUCGAAAGCUGGAAAAUCUCAACCAAGUGGCGAAGGAGUGUUCCGAGGGCGCGGCUAGUGCUCCGUUUGUUGUUGAUGGAGACAUUACGAAGGAAGCGGAUAAUGAGCGUAUUUUGAAGGCGACCUUGGACAAGUACGGCAAGUUGGACGUUCUGGUUAAUAAUGCCGGAAUCAUCGAAACCGGAACCAUCGAAACGACAAGCAUGGAGCAGUUUGACCGGGUCAUGAACACCAACAUACGCUCGAUCUACCAUCUUACGAUGCUGGCGGUGCCGCACUUGAUCAAGUCGAAGGGAAACGUCGUCAACGUGUCCAGCGUCAACGGAAUUCGCUCGUUUCCGGGCGUUUUGGCGUACAACAUCUCCAAGAUGUCGGUGGAUCAGUUCACGCGCUGUGUAGCACUGGAGCUGGCCGCUAAGAACGUCCGGGUCAACUGUGUCAACCCGGGUGUCACCGUAACGAAUCUUCACAAGCGCGGAGGAAUGGACGAGGAGACGUACAAGAAGUUCCUGGAGCAUUCGAGGAAUACCCACGCCAUGGGCCGCCCCGGCCAGGCUUCGGAAGUGGCCGAUGCGAUUGUGUUCCUGGCGAGCGAGUCGGCAUCGUUCAUCACCGGAGCAAGUCUGCCGAUCGACGGUGGCCGUCACGCGAUGUGUCCCAGAUAAAGUUGUACCAGGAAAGAAUUGGUAAAGGACCGACGUCAACACUGAAACUUUGGCAUUUAUAAAAGCAUUUUACUGAAUAUAUCGAAUUUUGCAUAAAAAACA